ACUCACUGAGUUACGCUUUGGGUAAGGAAAACAAUAUCCAGAAAGCCCACACAAUUAAACUUUGGGUACUGAAGAAUCUUGAUUUUGCCUUUUCGUUUUUAGGGCUAUAACCCUUUUUCCCAUUUCUCUUAUCUAUACAUUUCCCUUCUUCCAUUAUCUUUUCAAUGGCGGUUCUUGUGGUUUUUGCUUAAAAAGGAAGAAUCUAUAAAAGGGUAAAAUUUGAGUGGAUUUUGUUGAAAGAGUGCGAUUGUUAAGUGAAGCGAAGGGACCCCAGAUUUUUAUUUUGUUGGAUUUUUUUGGUUUAUGGUGUGAAUUGGAUUGGGAAUUGAGUUGGGUUUUUGGAAUGGAGGGUGGUGUGGGUAGAUCAGAAAGGAGAGGGAGGAAAAGGAGAAGAAAGGAUGUAACAAAUGUGGAGGUUGAUCAAGAUGGGAAGAAAAGGGCUGUUGGAUUGAAGCCUAAAUCAUUGGUGGGUAGGUAUGUGAGGAAGGAAUUUGAGGGAAAUGGGUUAUUUUUGGGAAAGAUUAUGUUUUAUGAUUCGGGGUUGUAUAGGGUGGAUUAUGAUGAUGGAGAUUGUGAAGAUUUGGAUACGGGUGAAUUGAAAGAGGUUUUGGUUGAAGAGGAUGAGUUGGUUGGUGAAUGGUUGGACAGGAAGAAAAAGUUGAAUGAAAUGGUGGCAGGUAGGGAGGUAAAGGAUGUUGCUUCUCAGGUUGAGAUUGAGGCUGAUCCGAUCAGUGCUGUAGUUGAUGGGAUUGAAGAAGUGCCAGAUUCGAGUGACUUGAGGAAUGAUUGUCCUGUUAAACUUGAGAAGAUGCAAGUAGAUACUGAUGCUGAUUCACUGAGCGAUUUGUCUGAAGAUGAUGAGGAGCAGGAUUUAAGUUCAGAGGUGGAAAAGCCUCUUGUUCCUGCACCUGAACUGCCUCCAUCUUCUGGCAAUAUUGGUAUUCCAGAGGAGUAUGUACCACACCUUUUAUCCAUUUAUAGCUUUUUACGGACAUUUAGCACCACAUUGUUUCUAAGUCCCUUUGGACUUGAUGACUUUGUGGGUGCACUCAGCUGUUCUGUUCCAAACUCGUUGCUGGACUCUAUUCAUGUUGCUCUAAUGCGUGUUUUGAGGCGUCACCUUGAAAAGCUGUCAUCUGAUGGUUCUGAGCUUGCAUCAAAAUGCGUAAGGAACAUUGAUUGGAGCUUGCUUGAUACAAUGACUUGGGCUGCUUAUCUAGUUCAUUAUUUAACGGGAAUGGGAUACACAGAUGAACAUGGUUGGAAAGGUUUUUAUCCCCAUACUUUGGAGAAGGAAUACUACUCAUUAUCUGCCUGCAGGAAACUCAUAGUUCUGCAGAUCUUGUGCGACAGUGUCCUAGAUUCUGAAGAGCUAAGAGAAGAAAUUGACAUGCGCGAGGAAUCAGAGGUAGGAAUUGAUUCAGAUGGCGGUACAGCUUUUGCCCCAGUUAUUGGACCACGCAGAGUGCAUCCACGGUACUCUAAAACUUCUGCCUGCAAGGACCAAGAAGCCAUCAAGCUUAGUAAAGAAAACAGUGAAACAAAUGUCUCUUCUAAUACUACUUCUUUGGCUCCCAAAGUUAGUGGACAAGAUUCCAUUCGUGAUGUUGAUCAAGAUGGUAAUGGUGACGAGUGCCGUCUCUGCGGUAUGGAUGGAACAUUACUUUGCUGUGAUGGCUGUCCAUCAUCUUACCAUGGUAGGUGCAUUGGUGUUUCCAAGAUGUAUAUACCAGAAGGAGCAUGGUAUUGUCCCGAGUGCACAGUCAAUGAGCUUGGGCCCAAAAUUACAAGGGGAACAACUCUGAAAGGAUCAGAGGUGUUUGGUGUUGAUUCCUAUGGACAAGUCUUUAUGGGCACUUGCAAUCAUCUACUUGUGUUGAAGGCUUUGGCUGGCUCAGACUGUAAUGUGAGAUACUACUAUGACAACGACAUACCCAAGGUCCUGCAAGCGCUCAAUGCCAAUGUGCAGCAUUAUUCCUUAUAUUUGGAAAUAUGCAAAGGAAUUAUUCAGUACUGGGAACUUCCAGUCAAUAUCAUUUUCCCCAAUGGUGAACUUUCUGAAAUUAGGAGGCAAGGAGAAUGUACAACAGGUGGUUGCCUUUCGUCAUCACUUAAUUCCUUGAUUACAGAAAGUCAUGGGGAAGAGAAUACUGCAAGUUGUGUCACUGAAUAUGGUGCAGGAAAUGCUCUUCUAGGCAGCUUCCCGAUGGAACCAAUGCAGAAUGAGAAUCUCGGUGCAGUUUCCCGACCUGAUGGUCUCUGUCUGGCAAAUAUUGAUUCUAUAGCGAGACAGAGUAACACACCUAUGGAUUCGUUGCCAUCUGAACAAAUUCAAGUGAAAUCCAGUGUAUGUACUGGUUCAGCUGACCAGCAACUUAUUCCUUCUGAGUGGACUGAACAAGAUGGCCCAAAUUUGGUAAAGACUGCUAUGCAUACCUCAAGCCACAGUAACUACUUGGAACAAAUUAAUGGUACUUAUGCUGGUGUCAUGGUGUCUCAUGGAAAUGGUUGCUUAUACAUGGGUUCAUCUUUCAAACCUCAAGGAUAUAUAAAUAGUUACCUGCAUGGAGAAUUUGCGGCAUCUGCUGCUGCUAGUCUAGCUAUCCUUUCUUCUGAAGAAAAUCAGGCAUCUGAGAAUCGCGUUUCAGACAAUAAGCGUAAACAAUUAUCUGCAAGUUUUCUACUUCAAGCUAAAGCUUUCUCAUCAGUAGCAGUGCGCUUUUUUUGGCCGAAUACAGAAAAGAAACUCGUGGAAGUACCAAGGGAAAGAUGCAGUUGGUGUCUUAGUUGUAAGGCUUCUGUCGCUAGUAAGAGGGGAUGCUUGUUGAAUGCUGCAGCAUCAAAUGCCAUUAAGGGCGCUGUGAAGAUACUUAGUGGUCUACGUCCUGCAAAGGGUGGUGAGGGAAGUCUUCCUGGUAUUGCCACAUAUAUUAUAUUGAUGGAGGAGAGCUUAACUGGUCUGAUAGGUGGCCCAUUUCAGAGUGCAGCUUUUAGAAAGCAAUGGCGUAAACAGGCAGAGCAAGCUUCUAGUUGCAGUGUGAUCAAGUCUCUUUUGCUCGAACUUGAGGAGAAUAUCCGCCUAGUUGCAUUUUCUAUGGAUUGGACAAAGCUUGUUGACGGUGGAUCAUCUGUGUCUUCUAUCACCCAUUCAGCUGCUGGUGCUGCUGGAUCAACUCAAAAGCGUAAACCAGGGAGACGUGGUAGGAAACCAAUGGCUAUUGUUGAAGCCACUGCUGAUGAGUGCCAGGAUAUACCAACUGACUUCACUUGGUGGAGAGGUGGAUUGAUUUCUAAGUUUAUAUUCCAGAAGGGGACCCUACCCCGAAGGAUGGUGAAGAAAGCUGCACUUCAAGGUGGUGUAAGAAAGAUACCUGGUAUUUAUUAUGCUGAAGGGUCUGAGACUGCCAAAAGAAAUAGGCAGCUUGUUUGGCGGGCUGCAGUUGAUAUGUGUAAGACAACAUCACAGCUUGCGCUUCAGGUGAAGUAUCUAGACAUGCACGUGAGAUGGAGUGACCUUGUUCGUCCCGAGCAGAGCAUUCAAGAUGGGAAAGGUCCAGAAACAGAAGCUUCAGCUUUCAGAAAUGCUUAUAUAUGCAACAAAAGAGUUGUUGAAAAUGAGAUUAGGUAUGGUGUUGCUUUUGGGAAUCAGAAGCAUCUCCCAUCUCGGGUGAUGAAAAGUGUAGUAGAAGUAGAGCAAACACAGGAUGGAAAGGAAAAAUAUUGGUUUUCUGAGUUGCGGAUUCCUUUGUAUCUUAUAAAAGAGUAUGAAGAAAAAAUGGGAAAAGAUCUGCCUUCAGCAAACAAACCCACAAGUGCAUUUACACAGAAAAAAUCCUUGAGGGCUCCUUGUAAAGAUAUUUUCUCUUAUCUGGUUCGGAAGAGAGAUGGCAAUGAUACGUAUUGUUGUGCUUCAUGUCAAGCAGAUGUGACAUUCAGGAAUGCGGUCAAGUGCAAUACAUGCCAAGGUCUCUGUCACGAGCUCUGUACAGUUAGUUCAACAAUUGAUGCUACAAAAACUUGCAAACAGUGUAGCCAAAAUAGAGCCCUUUCUCAAGCUAAAUGCAGUGAUGAAUCUCCAAAAAGUCCUUUACUCCUGCAAGGAAAAUACUUUCCAAAACCAAUAUCAGCCAACAAAGGAGAUAAUGUUGAUAAUUUUAAUCGUCCAUCAGCCUCCAUUGCCACUUUGAAGCAUUCUUCUGGGAUGAAGCAUGGCAAUUCCUCGAACUCCACUGCAAAAACAAAGCGCAACUUAGGCGUCAUUUGGAAAAAGAAGAGUGAAGACACUGGCACUGAGUUUAGAUUAAGAAACAUACUUCUGAAGGGCAAUCCAGACAGGGAUUCUCUCAUACCUACUUGCCACCUUUGUCGCAGAACAUACGAUCCUGAUUUGAUGUACAUCCGCUGUGAAACCUGUUCAAAUUGGUUUCAUGCUGAUGCUGUUGGACUUGAAGAGUCAAAAGUUUAUGACGUUAUGGGGUUCAAAUGUUCUAGAUGCCGUAGGACUAGAAUACCCAUCUGUCCUUAUUUGGAUCCAGAAAGCAAAAAACAGUUGGAAGAAAAGAGAAUGCGCCCAAAGGCUUCAAAGAUAGAUAAUUCAGGAAUGGAGUUUGGUUCUGGGAUGAUUUCAGAGCUAAAUAUGGAUGAUGAGAUGUCUACUCAAGUGGUGCCUUCAACGGAGGACAACAUGUAUCUAGAGGAUGAUAAUUCUCUUUAUGUUUCUACCUCAGAAGAAUUCAGUGAGCAAUUCCCGGAAGCUGAUUGUGAAUGGAAUGCUGCACCCAUGUCUGUGCUGGGCCCUAAAAAAUUGCCUGUGAGAAGGCAUGUAAAGAAUGAGAAUGAUUUGGAUUCUUCUUUUGCAAGCAAUCCUUCCAAUGCUGAUUUUUUUGGAGGAAACAUAAUGAUUUCUGCAGAUGAAAUACCAGCUAAUGCAGAACGGGGUACUAAACUGCCAGUACGAAGAAAUGGAGGAAUGGAUAAGGAUUCAGAUACUUCUUUUGCCAACAACCCCACAAAUGUUGAAUUAUCCACACCUCUUGAGGUUGAAUGGGAUACUUCCAGAAAUGGUUUUGAGGAAGGGAUGAUGUUUGAAUAUACUGAUCUCCAGUAUGAUGAUAUGGAGUUUGAACCUCAGACCUAUUUCUCUUUCAAUGAAUUGCUUGCAUCUGAUGAUUGUGGCCCUCUUGAUGGAUCUGCUAAUUUAACAGACAACGUUGACACAUUGUUGGGGUUUCCAUCUGAUGGACUUUCUGAUAUGUCUUACUUCCAGCACGAGCAUGCACUUAGCAUAGAUUCCGCUGCUGUUACUGUCCCUUGUAAAAUGUGUUCUCAUUCUGAACCUUGCCCUGAUCUUUGUUGUCAAAUGUGUGGCAUAUGGAUCCACAGUCAUUGUUCACCUUGGGUUGAAGAGUUGUUUGGAGAAACAGGUUGGAGGUGUGGCCACUGCAGGGAUUGGAGAUAGUCGAUGCUUACAUCAUUUUUUUGUGAUCUUUCUGAUUGAAGCUAGAGGUGCAUCAAGCCCGGAUAGUUGGAUUCUUGAUGCAGUUUCCCGGACAGACUAUUUGCUGAUACAAGCUGCUAUUGCUGCUUUUGUCACAAAUAGAUAAGGAGGUCGAAGUCACUCAUGAUGCCAGCAGGUAAUUGUUCUGCUAAGCACAGCUAGAGCAUGUCUACACAUUCAAGGUUCAGUGAUGAGGCUGCUGCAAUUUCGCAACCUGCAAAUUUCCCUCAUCUGAUCUGUGACCUUUCGUAAUCAACAAGUCUUGUAGUUCUUUCGAAUGAGUAUAGCUGGAUUAUAGGAAACCAAUCAUGCGCAGUAUACAUGUAGAAAAUGUUUUAGUAGGAGGUUGUGGUAUUUGCUCCAACCUUGGUGGAUAAGCAACUCCUUUUUGUUGGGCUUAUCUGAUAUUUUUGACUGUAUAAAGAGGCCAUUAGUUAGACAUUCUUUUUCACCAUCUGCAUUUUUAAAUUUCAUUGAAUGGAGUUGGCAUAUUUUGGUUA